AUGGCUUAUGAUGACGCCGUGAAGAAAGAAGAUUGCUUCGAUGGUGAUCACAGCUUUGAGGACAUAGGACUAGCAGCUGGCAGAAGCCAACGAGAGAAGAAACGUUCUUACAAAGAUUUUUUAAGGGAAGAGGAAGAAAUCGCUGCUCAGGUCAGGAAUUCUUCCAAGAAGAAGUUAAAGGACAGUGACUUUUACUUCUUGGGGACGGACACGCACAAGAAAAAGAGGAAGCACUCCUCUGAUGAUUACUACUAUGGAGAUAUUUCGUCUUUGGAAUCGUCACAGAAGAAAAAGAAAAGGUCCAGCCCGCAAGCUGCCGAUACCGCUAUGGACCUGCUGAAAGCUAUCACUUCCCCGCUGGCCGCAGGCUCCAAGUCCUCCAAGAAGUCAGGGGAAAAGUCCUCUAGUUCUUCUGGCCACCCGGAGAGCAGAAAGGACCACCACAGGAAGAAAAUAAGUGGGAACAGUGGGGAACUGUCCCUGGAGGAUGGGGCUUCCCACAAAUCCAAAAAAAUGAAACCGCUCUAUGUGAACACCGAGACGCUGACCCUCCGGGAGCCUGACGGCUUAAAGAUGAAGCUCAUUCUCUCACCAAAGGAGAAGGGGAGCAGCUCAGUGGAUGAGGAGUCUCUUCAGUGCCCCUCUCAGCAAGGGGCUGUGAAAAAGCCCUCCAAGAAAUCAGCUCGGGAUGAGCAAGGUGCUUUACUCCUAGGACACGAGUUGCAGAGCUUCCUGAAGACAGCCCGGAAGAAGCACAAGUCCUCCUCAGACCCACACUCCUCUUCUGGCCCUGAAGGCUGUGGGUCUGAUGCCUCCCAGUUCCCAGAAUCCCACAGUGCUGAUCUGGAACUUUCAGGGCUUGAGCCUGCCCUAGUAGAAUCAGACUCAACCUCUGGAGGGGAGCUAGAGGCCGGUGAGUUGGUGAUAGAUGAUUCCUACCGGGAAAUCAAGAAGAAAAAGAAGUCAAAGAAAAGCAAAAAGAAGAAGGACAAGGAGAAGCAUAAGGAGAAACGCCAUUCCAAGUCCAAGAGAAGUUCAGGACUUCCUGCCGCAGUGGUGGGAGAGGUCACCAUGACUCCUGGCCCUCCUCCCAGCGUCCCCUACCCUGCAGCCGCUGCCCCUCCCCCACCGCUUCCUGGCCUCCACACUGAUGGGCACAGUGAGAAAAAAAAGAAAAAAGAGGAAAAGGAUAGAGAGAGAGAAAGAGGAGAAAAGCCAAAAAAGAAGAACAUGUCGGCCUACCAGGUGUUCUGUAAGGAGUACCGCGUGACCAUCGUGGCUGACCACCCCGGCAUAGAUUUUGGGGAACUUAGUAAAAAACUGGCUGAGGUGUGGAAGCAAUUGCCAGAAAAGGAUAAGCUGAUUUGGAAGCAAAAAGCUCAGUAUCUGCAGCACAAACAAAACAAAGCAGAAGCUACAACUGUGAAAAGAAAAGCAUCCAGCUCAGAAGGCUCCGUGAAAGUAAAAGCUUCCUCGGCAGGAGUGCUGUCACCCCAAAAGAAGUCCCCGCCCACCACCAUGCUGUUGCCAGCCUCCCCGGCCAAAGCCCCUGAGACGGAGCCCAUUGAUGUCGCUGCCCAUCUACAGCUGCUGGGGGAGUCCCUCAGCCUCAUCGGACACCGCCUGCAGGAAACGGAGGGCAUGGUGGCUGUGUCUGGCAGUUUGUCAGUGCUUCUGGAUUCCAUCAUCUGCGCGCUCGGCCCCCUGGCAUGUCUGACCACACAACUACCUGAACUGAAUGGCUGUCCCAAACAGGUCUUGGCGAACACACUAGACAACAUCGCUUAUAUCAUGCCUGGACUGUGA